AAAAUUAUUAGUAAACUAAAAUACAAAACGGAAAAAUCAAAAAUAUAUAAUUCGUUUCUCUCACUUGCAUGUCCAACGCAUAAUUUUAUUAUAUAAAAACAAAUAAGCAAACAAUAUGAAGUCCCAAAGAUUUAUGUCAAAUUACAAGUGCGAAUGUUAUGGCCAUACAUUUUGCAAUUGUCCCGACAAGACGAUGCAGAGCUCCAUAUUCAUGGAGAAUGUUUACGAUGUCGCCGAGACCUUAGCACAGAUAAUGGUCAUUUGUGGCAUUCAUCAAGCAAAGGCUAAAGCCGCCAUUGAUGUGAUCAUUUACUCUUUCAUACAUUACGAUGAAAUACGGCAUCGCAUCGAUACAGUGCCACGUAAGCGGCUCUGUAAAGAGGAUCUCAUACAUGAUCUCGGACGCAAGUGCUUGAUGAGUCGCAUGGAGGCGCAGCUCACUUACUCUAUCAUCAAGCGUGCUUUCAAAGCUUUCUAUCAUGGCACCAGUGAGGGUGGCAUACGCAAUCCGAUGUUGGAGGCGCAAAUGGUGCACUCACAGGAGUGUUUAUGGGUGCACGCUGCCAAGCGCACCGCGCAAAUCUAUGCCAGUUACGAAGGCAUGUUCUUUACAGCGCAAAAGAAUUAUGAAUCUUUAAUUAAAUGCGUCUACAAGAAGCUCUACGAUCGCAUGCAAAGUCGCUCCAGUCCGCUUGUAUUGAGCGAUUGCUCGUGUACGGGCUGUGUACAGCGUACCGUAGUUGAAUUACCGAAGCCAUCGAAAAGUAUGUAUAGCAUUCAUGGUCCCAUCAAUGAAGAAGACUCCACGAACUUGCGAGUUUUACCCGUUGUAAGCGGCAGUGACCUAGAUCAGACUUGUGAUGUGAAGGGGUAUGUCUCCACUAAAGGCUUGCGAACGGAUGAUGGCACCGCUUCGAGUACGUCUGUAAAUUUACCACGUUGUUAUAAAUGCAAUUGUCCACGUUUGAUAUGCGAUUGUGAUGUGGAGCUGGAGACCGGUGUUGUGAAUGUUGAAUGUGGACAGGGACCGUACAAAUGUCAAUGGGUACGCAUGGAUGAGAAUGAUGAAGUACUAAAGAAGCCGUGCUUAGAAUUGCCCGAAGAGCAUGAGUGUCCCAUCGAUUGUGAUGGUGAGAGUGCUAUAUGCGAUCCCGAAUGUGAAUGCGAUUGUGAGAGUUGUGAAUGUCAACCAGAGGAAUCGUCUGACUAUGAUGAACCGGAAACUGUCGACGAGAAGGCUGAGGAGGAGGAACAGUUUUCCAUAGAACCGACGUCUUCAAUUCAAUGCAACACAUCAGGUCAUGGUUUACCUGGAGAGUAUGAUGAUUGCCGCGUACCCAUAGCUCAUGUGGUCGAAGAGGAGGCUGAACAGCCGACAACCAUUGCAACGGUAGUGGAGCAUAAAAAUGAGGGAAGUCUUACCAGCACUGAAGUAGCUGAGGAUGUGGAGAAUGAAACAGUGGAGAUCAAUAAGCUAUUGGGAACAAUGAUUUAAAUUUUGCAGUAUUUACGACUGAAUUUCGUUGGCAACUUGACAAAUUAACGUUUCGAAAAACAUAUUC